AUGGAGACACACACUCAACACGUCCGACAAGUCUUGCAAAGCCUUAAGGACAACCUGUUAUUCGCCAAAGCAGAGAAAUGUGAGUUUCACCACACCACCAUAUCUUUCUUAGGAUAUAUUUUGAGCUCUAAGGGGGUGGAGAUGGACAACUUGAAAGUGCAAGCUGUCCAGGAUUGGCCUUGCCCCAAAUCUGUUAAGGAGCUACAAUGUUUUCUGGACCUCGCAAAUUUCUACAGGAGAUUCAUCCGAAACUUCAGCUUGGUAGCAGCUCCUUUCACCUCUUUGUUUAAGGGUCAACUCAAGAGAUUGCAGUGGCAUGAUGCAGCGAUACAAGCAAUCGAGGAACUGAAGACCCUUUUCACUUGCUUUUCGUAG